AUGGGGGUAAGAAUCACAUGGAACUACGGUGGUGUCACCCUGCUGGCCGUCAUCAUGAGCUCGUGUAGGGCCAUCACUUUGGACUCCAUCCUCUGGAGCAGCGCCAACACUAACUUUACUCCAAGUGGAGGUCUGGUCCUUUACCCUCAGAUUGGAGACAAGAUGGACAUAGUCUGUCCAAGGGCAGACACCUCUAAAGGGGAAAAGGAGGAGUUCUAUCGAGUCUAUCUAGUCUCCCGAAGUCAGAUGGAGAGCUGCACAAUAGACAAGACAGACACACCCCUACUGAACUGUGACAAGCCGCACCGGGACGUCAAGUUUACUUUCAAGUUCCAAGAGUUCAGCCCCAACCUUUGGGGGCUGGAAUUCCUCAAAGGAAAGGAUUAUUACAUCACUUCAACAUCUACAGGAUCUCUGCAAAAUCUGGACAACACUAAUGGAGGCGUGUGCAGGACCAAGUCCAUGAAGUUGGUGCUGAGAGUUGGGCAAAGUUCCUCAGAUCCUCGAUCAACACUUCAGGAGUCCCCAACCAGAUUUCCACCUUCACAACCAAAACCGAAAGGAAAGGAGACAUCUAAAGAAAAUGAUGUCAAGAACAAAACCGACGCAGGCUCAGAAGCAGGGCAGCUCAACCCCGGUGGCAGUGGCGGCUCACAGCCAGGACUGUUGAUAUGGGUUGUCUCGGCCUGUGUGAUCCUCCUCCUCCUCAUCAUCAUCCCGUCGGCCGUACUGUGGAAGUGCCGUCGCUGUGUCCCAGAUAGGCAGCAGUCUGCGUCUGUGUCCCUCAACACUUUAGCUGUGCCAAAGCGGGACAGCAUCAGCAGCGACAACAUGGGCUCAGACCGUAGCGAGGUCGUCUUUCCUCUGCAGACCUCUGACACUAGACUGUGCCGACACUUUGAGCGUGUGAGCGGCGAAUAUGGACCUCCUGUAUACAUUGUUAAGGAGAUAACGCCUCAGAGCCCCACCAACAUUUACUAUAAAGUUUAA